AUGGGAGCAGCCCCCAGUGACAGCUUCAUUUGUUGUUGCCUCCACUUGGCCAUGCUCCGGACACCUCACACCACCGUGGAAGAGCGGUUUCAUCUGAAACAGGCAAUGUCUGUGCAAUACCGAAGCGUCAUGUUUGCUACUGUGGAUGUGGACAAUGCUCGGGAGUUGGCCCAAACUUACCAUAUCAAAGCAGUACCCACAUUUCAGAUGUUCAAGCAAACCAAGAAGAUUUUUGAACUUUGUGGAGCUGAUGCUAAAAAACUGGAAGAAAAGAUUCGAGAAUUCAUCAACUAUUUGAACCUGCCGUUUGGAACUCAGGAGAGGGCAUGGAGGGUGAAUGAAGCCUAUUUCCUACAAACAAGAAACAGGGGACACAGAAAUGUUUUUGUGCCCAGGAGCCCCAUGGGAUCCUGCUCAGUUUCAAGUCCUUUGCAUCCAUCGCUUCAUUUAACAUUUGCAACAAUCCUGUCUGACUCAGCCACUGCCAGGCCAGAGGCUUCUCUGGAGCUGUUUUCUCAUCUGUAA